UUCAUUAGGUGAAGAAAAAGAAGUUGGAAAUGGAAUUGCCAAAUCAUGCCAAACAAUUGCUGCUGCAGCUAAACCAACAAAGAGCCAAAGGUUAUCUGUGUGAUGUGAUCAUAGUAGUAGAAAAUGCCCUUUUUAGGGCCCACAAGAAUAUCCUGGCAGCCAGCAGUAUCUAUUUCAAAUCCCUUAUCCUUCAUGACAACUUGAUUAACCUUGACACAGACAUGGUCAACCCGUCGGUUUUCCGGCAGGUACUGGACUUCAUUUAUACUGGCAAGCUUUUAUCGUCUGAUCAGUUCAGUGGCCACAAUUUUAGUGCCCUUCUAACGGCAGCAAGCUACCUCCAACUUCAUGACCUGGCUGCUCUCUGCAGGAAGAAACUCAAGCGUAAUGGGAGAUCCCUUCUUAAUAAACCAGCCACACCUACCAAUGGAAGAACGUCUAGGAACCAAAGGCUGUCCUCUACACCUGUAACUCCAAACCAAAUGUCAGGGUUAAAAGACAGUGAGAAGACAAAUAGGCAUGAGGAGCUACUCAAAGAAGACUUGUCUGAUGACGAGAUGUUUGUGAAAAACACCCACUGUACAACCUCAGCAAAUUCGCUCAGUCCCUCAAUGAGUAAGAAUGGAAGCAAUGGCAGUUGUGGCAUGCAGGAACUUGGACUAGACCUUUCCAAGAAAAGCCCCUCGGGGAGCACAGCCACUGAAGAAGUAAGUCCCAGCAGCAUCCCACAAGAAUCACCUCAGUCUGCCUCAGAAUCCACAGCCAAUAGUGCCUCAUUUGAUGAGAACACCAACACGCAGAACCUCACUGCUGGAGAGCCCAUGGAGCUGGGCAGAGGAGAAUGCGAAAAAAUCCAACCACCUCUGGAUGUUGAAAAGCGUAAAAGUUCCCGGCAGGUCGCCCGGCAGAGGAGGCAACCCAAGAGUGAAGGCAACAAGAGGGAAGAUGCAAAACGAGGAAUUUUACCCAACAGUGUUGUCAAAAGAUUGAAAGUGGUUGGGGAGAGGCUCCCUGGUGGAGGAAAUGGCAAUUCCGAAGUAUCCUUCCAGUGGAAAGAUGAUGAGGAAGGUUUAGAAAACGGACAGGAGCAAAGUGAAGAGAGUGGACAGAGCGAGUGUGAAGGUGGGCAGAAUAGCACCAAUUACGUCUUCCGACAGGAAGGCUUUGAACCUGCCCUUGGUGACAACCUUUAUGUUUGCAUCCCCUGUGGUAAAGGCUUCCCGAGCUCUGAGGAACUGAAUGCCCACGUGGAGACCCACACAGAGGAAGAGUUGUACAUCAAAGAGGAGGAGGAUGAUUCCUAUCCAAAGGAAGAUGAAGUAGAAGCGGAAGAUUUGUCUUCACAAGUAACCCAUGUCCUUGGCACCGAGUCACGUCGCUUCAGCUGCUCGGUCUGCAACAAGAGCUACAAAGAUCCAGCCACUCUUCGACAACACGAGAAGACCCACUGGCUCACCCGUCCCUUCCCCUGCAACAUCUGCGGCAAGAUGUUCACCCAACGUGGCACCAUGACCCGCCACAUGCGCAGCCACCUGGGGCUGAAGCCAUUCGCCUGCGACGAGUGCGGCAUGCGCUUUACCCGCCAGUACCGGCUCACGGAGCACAUGCGGGUUCACUCAGGUGAGAAGCCGUACGAAUGUCAGCUAUGUGGGGGUAAAUUUACCCAACAGCGUAACCUCAUUAGCCACCUACGAAUGCAUACCUCCCCUUCAUAAGCCAAAGACACCUUGAACAGUAGACCCUCAGCAAAAAGAGUCAAUGCACACAUCUUCCUUUUGAAGUACACUGCAAGGAGCCGAUAACCCAAAGCAGGGUUCUCUUCUGCUGUUAAUUACAGAAGGAGCCUUUCAAACAAUAAGCCCCAACAAUGGAAAGAAUAAACUAAUCUGUAUGAGUUUAUGGGCAUAUGAUUUUUACUUUUUAUUUUGUAUGAAUUUAGCUGUGAAUGAAAAACAGAGGUA